CCACUUAGGAGGUAUGUGCUGCAAACACACAGAAAGAAAACAAAAACGAUGGGCAAGUUUUGGGGAAGCAGCAGCUGGGGGAUUCUUGCAGUAUCUCUGCUAGUGUUGGGCGUUUUGGUGCCAGAAGGAUGUUGUCAAGACACCUCUUGCCUAAACCAGCUUGUUCCUUGCCUCAACUACCUUAAUGGAACAGAAGAUGUACCCAGUAGUUGCUGUGAUCCUCUACAAAAUGUAAUAAAAUCAGACCAACAAUGCAUAUGUAGUAUGAUAAGCAACCAAGGUAGUAAUCAAGCUGAGCAGGCUGGAAUCAAUGUUACUGAAGCUCAACAAUUGCCUGCUAGAUGUGGAAUCCAUGUCAAUCCUCUCAAUUGCCUUUCUUCUGGUUCUCCUAAUACCAAGAACUCAGUUGAUAAUUCUUCAGGGAUUGUGUUGUUCCCUUGUUGGAGCAUGAUGGUAGCCGCAGCUUUAUCAAUUGCUCUUCACAUUUUGUGGUGUAAAGCUGAUUGAUAGCUUAAGACUGGUCAUGGAAAUACAAGCAAAAAUGAACACUUGAGAUCAAUAGAGAGUGUGUUGAUUUUUGUUACUUUCUUAUAAUUUUCUUAUUGUUACUAUUAUUAUUUUCUAAGCAUAAAUAAGUAAAUUAUUGGUUGAGAUUCCA